CCCGGAAGUGGUGUUUGCCAAUAAAUGCCAACCUGUAUGACCGUGCCUUCACUGCGCUUUCGUUGAAAGGUAGUCCUACUAUAUGUUUAGUAAGUGGACUCUACUAGUACUAGGGAUAAUUUGUUCCAGUUAAAGGUCCGGUGAUUGUGAUUUGUUUCUUUUGUCUAAUGGCAGCGGUUAGAGUUGUGUGGCUUAGGGCCAUACUUGGUGGCCUUCUGCUGUCGAGUGUAGUUUCUGGUGAAAAUGCUGCUCAAGAAAUCAGUAAGCAAAGCACACAAGAAGGGGGACUUUCUGACUAUUGGGUGUUUCGUCUUUUCCUCAAUUUGGCCGGAUAUGCGUCAAUAAUUAUCCCAGCCGCACUGGUGAUAAAAUACAUCAAGAACUCAAAUAUUUUGGAGAAAGGAGGUCUGGGUCAUGGAAUUAUUUACACAAUGACAAAACGUUGUGUCUAUGGUGAUGAUGAAGAAAAGACAAGUCUUGAAGAAGGUCCUAAUAUUAUUGUACCCCCAAAGACAAAAGGUAAGCGAGCUUUGGUCCUUGUGAUAUGUGUCGCUGGUCUUCAAGGUUCUUACCUCACAUGGGGAGUUCUGCAGGAACGAAUAAUGGCUCAUGAUUAUGGUACAGAAGAAAACUCUGCUAGAUUCAAAAAUUCACAGUUCCUGGUGUUCAUGAACAGGAUCUCUGCACUGAUCACUGCUGGAAUUGCCAUGUAUCUGUUAAAACAACCACGUCACUUAGCACCUAUGUAUAAAUACUCUUACUCAUCGCUGUCAAAUAUCCUCAGUAGUUGGUGUCAAUACGAAGCUUUGAAAUAUGUAAGCUUCCCGACACAAGUCAUAGCUAAAGCUUCAAAGAUUAUACCAGUGAUGCUGAUGGGAAAAGUGAUAUCCCGAAAAUCAUAUGAAUAUUACGAGUACUUAACUGCUGUUAUGAUUUCCGUUGGCGUGGCUUUAUUUUUGCUUUCACAAGGAGAAGAAGGUUCCGGAUCCACAGUGACAACAGUAUCUGGCGUCAUCAUAUUAGUUGGGUACAUGACUUUUGACAGUUUUACCUCCAAUUGGCAAUCAGAGAUUUUCAAGCGUUACAAAGUAUCUAGUAUUCAGAUGAUGUUUGGAGUUAAUUUAUUUUCUGUUAUAUUCACUAGUGGUUCUUUACUGGAGCAAGGUGGUUUCUUUGAAGCCCUGUGGUUUAUGACUCGGUAUAGUUUAUUCACUUUCCACGUUAGUCUGUUAUCUUUAUGCUCUGCCACUGGUCAGUUAUUUAUUUUUUACACUAUAGGGGAGUUUGGUGCUGUAAUAUUUACCAUAAUUAUGACAACGAGGCAAGCUUUAGCUAUUCUGCUCUCUUGCAUUAUAUUUAGUCAUCCAGUCACAUUGAUUGGUAUGUCUGGUGUCGGUGUGGUUUUUAUGGCCCUCCUACUUAGAAUUUAUGCCUCUUCCAAGGCCAAAAAUAAGAAAGUUCCUUCACCAGCAACAAAAAUGACAGAUGUGGUGACGAGUAAAUCUUAAGUUAAAAGCAAUAAGAUGUAUUUUUUUUCUCUGUAUAAAGGUGAAACUUAUUUAUUUUCAACAUCCUAAAUAUUUCACAUUUCUUGGUCAGUACAAAUGCUUUUGUAUUUUUUAAACGAGAUCCGUCAAAUGUAAUAAAAAAAAAAAAAUGUACAGUUAUCAUUGAUACUGCCAUUUGAACACUCUGCCCCAGAACCACCUCACUUGUGGUAGUGGUUUUAUAUUCAAUUUGAUUAAAAUAAGAUCUUUGUGAGAUUAUUUCUUUCCCUUUUUCGUUAUUUUUGUCGUGAAAUGAACAGUGAAUGCCAAAAAUAAAAAGAGAAAAAUAACCCUGCUAAGUUGUUAUUUUGAUCAGAUUGUGGUUGUCUGUGUUUUGAAUUUGCAUGCAAAGAUGAAUAAAAUCCUAAACUGUUUUUAACUCCAGCUGACAAAUAAGAAUUGUUUUUGGUUCAAUCUAACUAUCGAUAAUUCAGAUCUGUGAUCGUUGUAGACAAUGUUGUACCACACUGACUGAAUGUCCUUAAUCGUUCAAAUCUGACAUUCAUAAUAGAUUCCCAAGUACAGUUUUCUAGGGAUGUACGAGAUACCUUGGCCAACCUGCAUGCAUUAAAUUAAAUCAAAUAGUUGGGUCUAAACUUCCCCCUCGCCAUUUCCUACAAAUUUUGUUACGUUGUACUUGGCAUUCAUGUACUCAAUUUCAUCUGUAUCUCGUAUACAACAAGGUUGUCGUGCAACACUUGUAAUUGUGCCAAAAGUUAAAAUGAAAGACUGCAAAAUAUAUAUAUAUAUACUAGUAUAUAGUAUUCGCACAAUGUUAUUGCAUAUCCAUUGUUAUGCAUCAUGUACCCAUGUACUACAAUCUUCCUUUAAUGUAAUUUUUGGUGCUGGGAGGACCCACCACUAAAGUCUAGCAAUGUUUAUAAAAUACUACACCCACACAAACAAUUUUCAUUUAAUAUGUGGGAAUUCUGUAUUUAUUUUUUAACUUUGUAAAUUGUAAAACUAGUAAAUAAAUUGUGAACAUGUUUA